CUCUUCUACCACAUAAACAGUAUGGUCUUUACUCCCAACAAGCAACUUGUCUUUUUGAAGUCUCUUCCUACCGGUUAUCCUGUUGCCGGUGAACAUUUGGCUGUUCAAUCGUCAUCGACGAUAGAUCUUGACGCGCCUCUUCAAGAAGGUCAAGUUCUUCUCAAGGUGCAUUUACUUGCUAUGGACCCUUUCAUGAGAGGACCUAUGCGCCUAUCCGAACCCGGCGACUACUUUCCCUCCUAUACUGUAGGGCAACCGAUCUAUGGAAUCACCACUUCGACCGUCUUAAAGUCCACCAAUCCGCGGUUCAAAAAAGACGACUUGGUUGUUGGUAUGACGACUUUCGAGGAAUAUACUAUUGUCUCCUCAGGUCCCUUCUCGGAAUGGCUCGCUGUUUGCAAUGAGGCCAAAACGUCUGGCUUGCCGUUGUCUUACUAUGUCGGUAUUUUGGGUAUGCCAGGCCACACGGCUUAUGCUGGUUUAUUGGAAGUCGGUAAGCCCAAGAAAGGAGAAACGCUGUUCGUCUCCGGCGCUUCGGGUACUGUUGGUCAGCUUGUUGGACAAAUGGGCAAACUGCUCGGCUUGCACGUGGUGGGAUCGGCCGGUUCAGAUGAAAAAUGCGCUUUUCUGAAGGAAGCCGGUUUCGACGGUGUUGUCAACUACAAGACAGACAAUAUGCGUGAAAAACUUGCUGAGCUAUGCCCGAACGGUGUUGAUGUAUACUUUGACAACGUGGGUGGCGAGACAUUGGAGGCCGCUAUUGAGCGUGCCAAUCGCCUUGCAAGAUUUGUUUGCUGUGGCAUGGCUUCAACAUACAAUGCGGAGAAGGAAGUUGGUAUCCGCAACUUGUUCAAGAUUAUCCCCAAGCACAUUACUCUCGAAGGAUUCGCAGUAACGGACUACUCGCAUCUGGAAGGUCAAUUCAAAAAGGAAGUGACUCAAUGGCUGUUGGAUGAAAAGAUCAAGUAUCGUGAAACUAUAACAGAUGGCUUUGACGAGGCAGCACAAGCCUUUGUUGACGUUAUGCAUGGCAGGAACUUCGGUAAACAAGUUGUCUUUGUCUCGAAGCCCUCCUUCUAGAAAAUGUAACACACAGCCUAUGAUGUUUUUUUUGAGCAUUCGAAUUAGCCAUAUAAGUUCUACAUAAUAAAACUUUGCUCUACGC